CAAAAUAAAUAUUAUUUAAAACAACAGACAGACAGGCUACAAGUUUGUUGUGAAUUAUUUUUUUAUAUUUUAAUCCAUUUCUAGUAAAAUCGAUAUCUAUACUACCAGAAAAAAGAUAUUUGUAAUAUCCUCAUUGUUUCCGAAGUAAACACAAUUUUAUAAGAUACCAACAAUUCGUGACAGUUCAGACAACAGUUCAUAAUUCGUGUUUCUGAAUUACAAUCAAAAUGGUUUGCGAGAAAUGCGAAAAGAAAUUGGGUAAAGUUAUAACUCCGGACCCCUGGAAAACUGGAGCGCGGAACACAGUCGAAUCUGGCGGAAGGAAAGUUGGAGAAAACAAGGCGUUAACGGCAAAGAAAGGCCGGUAUAACCCCUACACAUCCAAGUUCCAAGAAUGCAAAAUAUGCCGGACCAAAGUGCACCAAGUGGGAUCACAUUACUGCCAAGCAUGUGCCUACAAGAAGGGUAUCUGUGCCAUGUGCGGAAAGAAGAUUCUAGACACCAAGAACUAUAGACAAAGUUCUACUUAAAAUAGCCAUAGUUACUAGUAGUUUAUAAGAAUUAUAAGUACAAUUAAGAACUGACUGCCUCAGUGGAUUAGAUACCUACUACUUGUACAGUAGUAUUUAGGGGAUUUAAUGCAAUCCAGUUCAGGACCUAAAGGGUGAAUUUCAUGAGCGUUUUGAACACCGCUGUGGGCUGUCAUUAGUGUUUAUUAAAUUGUACCAUACACAGGAUUCUAUUAAGUAAAGUACUGGUACAAUGUUUAUGUUAUAAAUGUUUAAUUAAAAAAAAAAUAUUUUUUAUGAAAAAAAAAUGUGCGACACUACAAAAGCUAUAUGCCACAUUCAAACAGUCGUGAAAUUCACCCUAAACUGAUCUGCAUCACAAGUUGAUACAUGACCACCAGGGAUGCCGAUGACUGUGCGAAUUGGUGAUAAAGAUAGACAAAACAUGAGAUAAGAGUGAGAGAGAGCCUUUAUCUUGAAUUCAUAUAAAGUUUUUAAUACAUAAUGUAAUUUGUGUCAAUAAAACUUUAUGAGUUGUAUCUAUAUAUAUGUUAUAUAUCAUAGUCUGAAUUGUUGAGCAUUCUUUGCUAUUGGUUGGCCAGUUUUUUGUCAUAUUGAAUUGAAAGGGACAGUCUUAAUUUAAUUUGUAAAUACAAAUAAAUGGAUAUUAUAUAAACUAAA